CCACCUUACUCUCUACUCUCCCCGUAGUUCAAAAGCUUUUACAUCUGGCUCUCUUUCUCUCUCUUUCUAUCUCUUACCCUCCUUUCUUGCUCUUAUUUUUCCCUCCUUUAUACUCUUAAUCUCUUCUCCUUCUUUAACCAUCUACCUCUCGCCUCUUUCUUCUCUUUUCAUUUCCUCUUAGCAUCUCUACAUCUUUCUCUUUCCUUCGUAUUAUUUUUAUAUUCCCUCUCUCUGUCUGUCUCUCUCCCUCUCUCGCUUCUUACGUCUGUCAUCCUCUCCUUCUUUCUCCCCUCUCAUUUAGCCUUCUUUCCCUUUCUUUCCUCCCCUUCAUUCUCUGUUACGUAAACACUAUCCAUUUCUCAUCUCCCUUCUGUUUUCUUACAUCCCUACCUUUCAUUUCUCCCUCUGUUUCCUUUCCUUUCUUUCUCCCAUCUUACCCUUCCCCUCAUCCUCUUCCCCUCUCAGAUACAAUGCUAUGAUUCCCAAGUCCCUCUCACCUCAUCUCAUCUUACCUUUUUACUUUCAUGCUUCUCAUCCCACCUCCUCCUUUAUUACCCUCACUCAACAACAUGCAGCAGCAGUAUUCAUUGUACCAAGGGAAGCUAACGGUGUAAAGUGAAUCCAUGUAACCUAAGUGUACUUGGUACGUCUUCAUAGCAACGGCUGAGACGGAGCUGUUGUAACAUUCUACCUUUCUUAACACAGUAUCGCAUCAGAAUAUUUAUUAUACCAUUUCAAAGUAGAAAACACACACACACACUCACACAGCCAAAAUCUCUAAUCAGUUUUUUAAUAUUUUCUCUUUCAUUCAUCUGCAGUUUUUAAAAUAAGUAGUGAUAUACUAAAAUCGUUCUAAAAUCUAUGGUCUUGUUUCUCUGCUAGAAAUCAUUAUGAUUAUUAACAAGCAAAUGGAUUGACAGAAAAUCUAAAGUAACGAACGAAAAAAAAGAUGCUUGUCUGUAUUUAAAUACGUUCCCAGUUGAAAUUCCAUCAGGGUCGACUUCACCUUUCAUCUUUCACUUUGGGGCAGUCGGUAAAAUGACGUUGUGAGUCGAUCUAAUCUUCUACAGCACACCUUUCCCAAAGUGCGUGGCUUUUUGUACCCUUAUGUAAGAAAUUGGUAAGUGAAGCCUGGUUUUCGAUGCUUAAAUCACACAGUCUUACGUUUGUGUUGUUUCUCUGUGAAAAGAAAGCUGGGGACGUCGCACCUUGUCGACCAUGCUUGGCCAUUCUCCAAUAACAAAAGAUGUUAGCAAGUAGAGAGGAAGGAGGAUGAGAAGACGCAGCAGCAACGAAAGACUAAUCACGUUAAAGAAAUAACGGAUUGUAUAUUUAUUUCUCUUAUUUCUCUGCUCUCUGAUUUUGCUAUUUGGUUCUCGUUUUGUGAUGCAUGUAAUUUAUGAAGAUUGGCUGUAUAAAAAGAAAAGAUCUGAAGAAAGAUAGAAUCAUAUAUAUUUUUAAAAAUCGAAAACAUUUCGUUGAAGAUGCUGUGAUGCUGGUGACAGCUUCGAGUUUUGUCCGAUGGAAGUUUUAAGUUUGCUGUUGGUGCUGAAGCGAAAACAAACAAAGAAGCUUAGAGGUGAUCCUUUGUGUUGUUGUUGUUGUCGUUCUGUCGUCUCUUCAAAUUAACUGAGUCAAGGAAUGAAUGAACGGUUUCGUUGAUCAAUCGGCUAGGUUGGCAUUCUAAGAAAAAAAGAAUAAUAAUAAUAAUAAAUAUGUCCAGCCAAACAAUGAACGAUUGUACCAUGUCUGACUACUACAGCAGUAACAACAAUUACGAUGCCAGUGACCCGAGUCCAGCUUAUAUGAUGCCACCACCGACACCACCGCCGCCUCCGUCACCACCUCCACCACCGAUCACAACAUCGACAACAUUAAAUUGUCGUACAUCAGCAACAACAUCGACAUCAACAACAGCAGCGACAACAACAAAUAGUAAUUCGAACACUAGCAACGUCUGUCGUGCCAUCGGACGGGGCAGAUGUUGUCGCGACAGUUGCAGCCAAAGAUGCCGCGGAUGGAAAAUCGAAGAACCUGGCGGACCGAAACUCUGGCGACAAAUGGUCAUCGGGUUUGUGAGUGCCGCCUGUGUUGGACUUAUCAUGUUCUCGUUAGGGAGUAUCUUUAUUUCUGAGGCAGUUCGGUCACGUAUAUCUAUCACCAUUAUGCUCUGUAUCAUGGGAAUGGUAUGCGGUGCCAUUAUACUGGUCGGUGUUGUGAUCCUAGGAAAAUUGUUUAUAUCUCGGGAUCUGAGGCGGCCUCCACAACCCACACAUGCCUGUUUUCAAACUUGUUCUGUGGUCUACACACACUCUCAAGACCAGAUUAGCCCGGUGUUUAUGGAUCCUCCUCCAGCCUACGACACAAUAGCCUACGAACCGCAUCCAAACAUCGGCCUAAUCGACCUAGGACGUUCCACCACGUCGGACACUAUUCUCACCACUGUGGACAUUCACCGUGACGGCAGGGCUGUUAUCUUGCAACCUCCCAAGUAUUCCGAUGUAGCCACCCCAUUGCCUUCCUAUGAAUCAGUCACGGCAGAGUGACAUCGCAGCCUUCAUACGCCUCUCUUUUCCUUUUCCUUUUCUUUUCUUUUCAUAAAUUAUUAUCAUUAUCAUUAUUACAUGAGGUAACGAGCUGUCAGAAUUGUUAGCACACAAGGCAGAAUGCUUUGUGGUAUACCUUUUGGCUUCGUGUUUCUGAGUUCAAAUUCUGCCGAGGUCAACUUUGCCUGUCAUCCUAUUGGGAGGGUCGAUAAAAUAAACACCAGUUGAGCACUGGUGUUUAUCUCAUCGAUUUACCUUCUCUCCCUAAAUUUGCUGGCCUUGUGCCAAAAAUUAGAAAGCAUUUUUUGUUUUUGUUUUUUUUUGUUUUUUUAACAUUGCCACAAUCAAUACUGACACGCACAGGUUUCAGUGAAGUAAAAAAAAAAAAAAAACAUACACAAAGGCAAAACAUUAACAAAACAAAAACAAACAUUUUUUUUAAAUUAAAAUUUUAUAAUUUAUUAUAAUUUAUUAGCAUCAGUAUCAAAUAACAACCACCGUCUCUUCGAAAUUGCUGGCCUUGUGCCAAGACAAUUUUGAUACCAUCAUCAUUAUCAUCAUCAUCCAAAUCAUCAUCAUCAUCAUCAAGAUGUUCCAUAACGGUUUCAUGCCAGAUUCUACUUAUUAUUUUCUAUUGUCCAUUCCGCAGGAGUAUUCUCGUCUAGACAAAACCAUAGGAGAAGCUGCCAUAUUAUUCACAGACUCACAACUAAUCUAGCAGGAAAUGUCUUUUAGAACACAAACUCUAUCCAUUUUGUUCCCUUUCUUUCUAUUUAUUUUGAUUGUUUUUUUUUUUUCCAAAGUACCGAUCACAUGUUGUAUGAUAGCAUAUGCAUUGUAAAUGUAUAUACAUUAUAUAUAUAUAUAUACACACACACAUACAUAUAUAUAUACAUAUAUAUAUGUGUGUGUGUGUGUAUAUAUAUAUAUAUAUAUACACUUAUAUUUAUACAUAUACACACACACACAUAUAUAUAUUUCUGGGUUGAGUCCCACUGUGUGGCACCUUGGACAAGUGUCUUCUAUUAUAGCCUCGAGCCAACCAAAGCCCUGUGAGUGGAUUUGGUGGACGGAAACUGAAAGAAGUCUGUCGUGUAUAUAUAUAUGUAUGUGUGUUUGUGUUUGUCCUCCCCACCAUCACCUGACAACCGAUGUUGGUGUGUUCACAUCCCCAUAACUUAACGGUUUGGCAAAAGAGACCGAUAGUAUAAGUAUUAAGCUUACAAAGAAUAAGUCCUGCAGUCGAUUUGUUCCACUAAAAGCGGUGCUCCAGCAUGGCUGCAGUCAAAUGACCGACACAAAUAAAAGAAUGUAUGUAUGUGCAAUGUCCUGAUCAUUGUGUCUUGUGAUGGUCAUAUUAGGAGUUUCACAUUAGGAGUAUUUGUGUCUGAAGUGGACAUGACCAGAGAAAAUGCCCAGCCAUUGAAGCUUGACAUUAUCAUUAAAAGACAAUGUCCUAAUGACUGACAUGUAAAACGAUGACACCCCCUGAGGACAUGUGUCUGAACAGUAAUAUUUAAAAUGGCCACCCUGAGAUCAUCCUUUGAGAAUGAGUCAGAGCACUGAUUCAUGAAGUGGCCCUCCCUGGAAAAUGCGUCUGAGCACUUGUGUUCGAAGUGGUCAUCCCAAGAGCAAUGACAUUUAAAAUGGCCUUCUCUAUAGAAUGUGUCUGGACACUAAUGUUUGAAGUGGCCGACCCUGAAGGAAUGGUGUUUGAAAUGGUCACCCUGACAUGCUGGACACCUUAUACAGAAGUUGAAAGGUGCUUUUUAUUUUCUCCCAUUUUCUCUGUCAGCAGUUUGAAUUAUAUUUUCACCUAGAGCAGUAGAGCAGGGGACAAAAUGCUUGAGUUCAAAUUCAACCAAGGUUAACUUAGCCUUUCAUACUUCUGGGAUUCAUAAAACAAAAUACCAGUAACGUACUGGGAUCAAUAUUAUUACCAUGCCCUCCUUAUCAAAUUUGUGGCCUUGUAUCUCUGCUGGAAAUCAAUGUUUUCACUUCUGAUGAGAACAGUGAAGAUAAUCAAUUCAAUAGAACAUCGAAGAACCUUGCCUAAGGAAAGAGUCCUGGCUGAUAAAGGACUCCUUUUCUUUGUCAUGACACGGCCACUGCCAUCAGUAUUUACUUAUUUCUGAAAUCUUGCCAAUAUGACCACCACAACUUUUCCUGUGCUUAUAUUAACAGUAUUACACGGGACUGGACAAAUUUGAGAAUGUAGUUAUAUAUUUCUUGCCUUGCUUCAGAAACACUUUUGAAAUUAAAACUCUUUGGGUAAAACAAAGACGUUAAACAAACAAAAAAAUCUGGAAAUAAUAUAUUUGUAAAUCUCAGAGAGAUUUAUGCAGUAGAAGCACAAUAAAGUGAUAGUAUGUUGUCAACUUAAUGUGACAGUCCCAUAAAAGGGAAGGAUGUUACUGUUUUUUAGGGCUAAAUAACAGUAGCAUUCUUCCCUUUCAUGGGACUGUCACAUUAAAAAAAAAUCUGGGUUUCAAAUUUAUUGGAUCUUCUUCAGCUUCACUGUAGGUAGAACAAGAAAUCUCUAUCAGUCAGACGUGUGUGUUUGUGUCUGUGUAAAUAUAUAUAUAUAUAUAUAUAUAUAUAUAUAUAUAUAUAUACUUUGUUUUGGGAUUUGGUUUGGAAGAUUCUUUAUGUGAGUUCGUGUGUUGAAGCAUGUUUUGUUGUAUCUGGGGAGAGUCAUUCUCUUUUAGAGCCUUAUAAUUUAACACACACACCGGUAAAGUUUCCACUCAUUUACUUAUUUAUUUUUCCUAAAAUUUUCAUUGUGUUUUGCAACCUUUCCAAAAUGACUAUUGAAAAGGUUGCAAGACACAAUGAAAAUUUGCAGAAAAAUAAAUAAGUAAAUGAGUGGAAACUGAACCGGUGUGUGUGUUAAAUUAUAAGGCUCUAAAAUAGAAUGACUCUGCCCAAACACAACAAAAUAUAUUAAACAAAAGUUAGCUAAGAGAAGUAACUCUGAGUGGCUUGUGGCAUGUAUUUGAACAACAAAGACAAAUAAGGGUAUACAUUAUAUUCCAUACAAGAUAUAUUUUUGAUUUUUGAUUUUUGAUUUUUGAAAUUAUCUCUGUCUCCAGAGAAGAUAGAAGAAAUGCUUGGAGAUACUUGGGGGCCCUACGUGAAAUGAAAAAGGGAGAUAAUAUCAGGAAUUAAGAAUUCUCCAAAAUUGACAUGUCAUUAAGAAAAAUGUUUGAUUGUCUAGAUAGCAGCUGUUGGCGCAUGUUUCUGCCUCUAUAGGUAUCAUCAGCACAGCGUAUGUAUGUAUGUAUGUGUAUCCUAAGAGACUUAGGAUCGAUAAAUUAAGUACCAGUUGAGUACUGGGGUCGAUGUGAUCAACUUUCCCCCUCCCCACAAAAUCCAAGCUGCGUGCCUAUGAUAGAAAGGGUUAUUUAUUUGUAAACCUUGUCUGCCGGGCAUGCUAUGUCUCUGAUCCAGCAUCGUUUGUUUUCUUUCUCAAUUAAGACUAUGUCUGGCUUCAAACACUACUGUCACCUUUACGUUUUUUAGUCAUCUGAAGUACCAGUUAUGAACUGGGGUUGGUCCUUGUUGGUCAAGUUAGAAACUGUCAUUGUCCUUGUCAUCAUUGUCAUUCGUUUUACUAUUUUCUACUCUAGGCGGGCAUUUCUUUCUUUCACCUCUUCCUCCACCUUUUUUGAUUGCAGCUGGAACCCACAUACAACAGACAAUCAUUUGAGAUCCCUUCCAUUCUGAGUGUGUGUAUAUGUGUAAGGCACAUAGUAUAGUGCAAGGGGUUAGGGGCACAGGACUGAAAACAUGUGAUUGUAUAAAUUAUUUGUAAUAAUAAUAAUAAUAAUAAUAAUAAUUAUAAUAAUUUCAUUUAUUUGCCAUCAGGGCAAAUGAUAAGGAGGACAGUACAAAGACAGACAUAAAGUGUGUGUGGGGGGGUAAUGAUAAUAAAACAUAUACGGAAGGGUGGUGAGGUGCUAAAUUAUUUUGUUAGGGCUCCUUAUGGUCUCAGUUCUAAUCCUACUAAUGCUGACUUUGCUUUAAAUGGAGGUGCCCCAGCAUGGCCACAUUCCAUUGGCUGGAAGUGGUGAAACAAUAUAUACAUGUCAUGACUGAUGAUGUGUUUGGCAAGAUGGAAAUCUGGUUAAUAAUCUUUUCCCUGUAUUAACACUAAUAUUGAUCUGUGUGUGUGUGUGUGGAUAUAAGUGCAGAUUGAAACGGGAGAGUUUAAGUAUUUUCAUUACAACAUCUUACGUGUAGUUAUGUAACCUUACAUGUGUUUCACUUGUGAAUCUUCCAUGCAUUAUGUAAUAAUUGUUAUGUAAAUGAAUGCGUAAUAGAAGUUGGAAUGCCAGAUCUUCAGAGGAAUGUAAUUCAAUUCUGUAUUAUAUAUCAACAUAAGUUGGUGAAGACAUGUGAGAUAAACUAAUGAAAGCAGCCAACAAUUAACUACUAACCAGUCUGAGAGCUAAUGAAGAAAGAGCUGUUGGCUGCAGCUUUAUUCCCAUGAUCCUUUGCUGCUUACGUUCAAAUAUGGACAUAACAUGCAGCUGUCAUCAGUUCUUUUAUAAAUGAGGCCAACAUGUGUUAGGAAUGUUACUGUGCCAAAUUAAACAUUAGGACAAAUACAGAAACAGGAAGAAUCUUUAAUUAAAAAGAAUUAAUCUUCAGCAUAACCAUAUCUUUAGUAGAUUUUACCAGCAGAUAAAAUUUCAUCAACACCAGCAGAACUUUGGCAUAAUUUUCACAUCACCAUGGUGACAGACACCCAAUCACUGAAUGUUUAACCAAAGCCUCAAUUUGAUGAGAAUUUUGUUUGGCUUUUGGUGAAUGGUUGUUGAUGAGGUGAAAAUUGCACCAACCGAAAUCAGGUGAUACGAGUCUGAUCUGCUGGUGCUGACGAAAUAUCAUCUGCUGAUAUAAUACUAUGAUAUUUAGUAAGUCUAUACAAGAUGCUUUCUCAGGAUGAAUAUUACAGUUUAUGGCAUCUGAAACAACACUUGAGUUAAUACCACGAAAAUCAACUUAAAAAUGACUUAACAGAUCCUACUAUCAGGUGGUGCUAUUAACUUAAACAUGGGACAAUUUUUGGCUGAAAGUGUCUAAGCAAAUUGUGUGUGUGUGUGUGUGUCAUGACAUUGCUUUGGCAUAGUGAUACUAAUAACCAGUUGUUAGAGCUUAAACUACUAACACUAAAGCAUGAGGAGAAUACAGAAUAUAAUGUUAAUUAAUCAAUGACAACAGAACAGGAGUUACUUAAUCAAUUUCAUUAGCUUUAAUUGCAUAUUUCCUGUUUUUUUUCUUUUACAUUAAUUGAUACACACACACACUUAUAUAUAUAUAUACAAAGAAUGAGAUAAAGAGACCAAUGGCAUAAAUAAAUUUAUAUUUUAUGUAGAAUGUCUUUCAAGGAAAAUUCGAUGUAUCCUUUCAUUGGAGAUGGUAGACAUUGAAUUUUCCCUGAAACAGCUGUAAGACAUUCUACAUAAAAUAUAAAUUUAUUUAUGCCAUUGGUCUCUUUAUCUCAUUCUUUUUAUAUAUACACACACUAAUACACAACCCAUGUUAAAUUCCCCAUUCAUGUUACAACCACCUUUGGGGCAAAACUUGUCGGUAUACAGCACUUACUCAGUAUUACCUGUAACAUUUGGGUCUGGUUGACUCCAUUACCCUUCAUAACUUAUUUAUUCAUCAGGUGUCUUGGGGAAAUUUCAAACCUGGGUUCUCAUUCCUAAGGUAUUUUUCAAUGUUAUUAUUAUUAGUAUUAUUAUUAUUAUUCAGGUCACUGCUUGGAAUCAAACUCGGAAUCUUGGGGUUAGUAGCCCGCACUCCACCAUAUGCCUGUGGGCUAGUUUUUGAUGGAGUUUCUCUAUAUGUCUCCAUUGAAGUCUAAUGUCAGCUCCGUACCGAUUAGAUAAUAGACUUCUAUAUUUUAAGAGAUGAGGAAUUAUGUACAUUAUUUACAUUUGACGGAUAUUUGUCCUCAUCUUGUUUGUUAUUAACACAACAUUUCAGCUGAUACACCCUCCAGCCUUCAUCAGGUGUCUUGGGGAAAUUUCAAACCUGGGUUCUCGUUCCUAAGGUAUUUUUCGAUGUUAUUAUUAUCAUUAUUCAGGUCACUGCCUGGAAUCGAACUCAAAAUCUUGGGGUUAGUAGCCCGCGCUCUUAACCACUACACUACAUAUAUCCAUCAAAUGUAAAUAAUAUAAAUAAUGUACGUAAUUCCUCAUCUCUUAAAUAUAGAACUGUAUGUAAUUUUUAGUUAUUCAAAAUAUUUGGAAGCUUGUCACAUUACGUAUAUUAGCCUCUAAUUAACUAUAUCUUAUUUGUAGUUGAUUGUCCAAUCUCUUGAUAAUAGUUGUUAGUUCAAUAUCUUGUUCUAUUAACCAUUUUAUUACUUCAAUGUCUAAAUUCUUCAGUUAAAUGCGAUACAUUCAGAUAAAUGUAGUUUUUCUGUAUAUAUAUAUAUAUAUAUAUAUAUAUAUAUAUAUAUUAUAUAAAAUAUAGGACGGUGAUGAUAAAGUAUAAGCAUUGUUAUAUUAAAAUAAACUAUUCUUAUAAAAUAAUAUUCUUGUAAUAAAAUAUGGUAUUGUUAUAUAGAAUCUAUAUGAAACAAUAUUCUUAUAAUAAAAUAUAUCAUUGUUAUAAUAAAAUGCAUUAUUGCUGAUGAAACAGUAUUGUUAUGGUAAAUAUAUAUAGCAGUGUUAUAACUACACAAAACAAUAUUCUUAUAAUAUAUAUAUAUAUAAUAUUAGUUAUGAUGAAAUAUAUAGAACAAUGUUAUGGAACAGUUUGAUGAAAUUGUCUGUGCAUUACAAUGAAUUUGAAAAUCAAUAUUAAUGUCUAAGAAAUUGAAUGGUUAACCUAUCAAAAAUGUAAGAAUAAGCCAACAGGUAUUCUAUAUGUGUGAAAACAGAAUCAAAGCUGGAAAAUUAUCAAUUUACCUCUCUCCGUCCUUCAAAUUCAUUGGCAAGAGACAGAAUCUCAUAUUAUAUGUUUGUGUAAGAUGUGGAAUGACUGAAAGCCACUACACCAAAUUACAAUAUAUAGAAAUAAGCCCAGCAUGCUUGCCCUGUAAGAGAUAGCAAUGAAACCUCACCUUAACACCUACUGGUAUGAUAUAAGAGGCAUUAGACAACAUAGAGUGGAGUACAUUAUGCUGAGGCAGGAUUAACAAAGCUGGAACACUUUUGAUCAUAGUUCUGCCUGGUGAGGAAAAGCCUGGGGCUAAACAAUAACACACCUAGCAUUAGGUGAUUGGUUACAUUAUCAAUUAGUGACUCGCAAGUCAAAUAUCAAUCAAUGACCUUUGGUUAUAAUUAAUUUAUGUAUUAUUUAUUUACUUGGAGAAAUUUUUCCAAUACAAGACAUGAAUUCCCACCAAAAUAUCCUCCAUUGUAGUAAAGAACUUUACUUUUAAAAGACUUUACAUUUUAUGAAUGACUUCUAUGUUUAUACUGUUGCUAUGGAAGCAGUUGUCAUGUGACCACUGCUACCGUUUCCAUUGUAUCCAAUGUCAUGACAUAGAAAUAAGCCCCUUAUCUCUCCCUUUCUCAGUUUUUCUAUCUAGCAACACACACACACACACACACACAUGCAUACAUAUAUAUAUGCGUACAUGUGGGAUUUCUUGAACCACUGCUUUUAAUUUCUGGGUAAGAUGUGUCAUUUUAAGCAAGACAUUCCAUUAUUUCAUUUCAAGUCUUCAUAAUUUGAUGAAUUUAACAUUCCGUCAUAAAUUGUGUGAAUUUGUGUGUGUGCAUAUAUAUAUGUAUAUAUAUAUAGAUAUGUAUAUAUAUAGAUAUGUAUAUACUUCGGCACUCCGUUGGUUACGAUGAUGAGAGUUCCAUUUGAUCCAAUCAACGGAACAACCUGCUCGUGAAAUUAACAUGCAAGUGGCUGAGCACUCCACAAACACGUGUACCCUUAACGUAUUGAGCAUGACAAGGCGGGCCCCUUUGAAAUACAGGUACAACAGAAACAGGAAGAAAGGGUGAGAGAAAGUUGUGGUGAAAGAGUACAGCAGGGUUUGCCACUCACCCUCCCUGCCGGAGCCUCGUGGAGCUUUAGGUGUUUUUGCUCAAUAAACACUCAACGCCCGGUCUGGGAAUUGAAACCACGAGUCCGCUGCCCUAGCCACUGGGCCAUUGCGCCUCCACUAUCAUCAUCAUCAUCAUCAUCGUUUAACGUCCGCUUUCCAUGCUAGCAUGGGUUGGACGAUUUGACUGAGGACUGGUGAAACCGGAUGGCAACACCAGGCUCCAGUCUGAUUUGGCAGAGUUUCUACAGCUGGAUGCCCUUCCUAACGCCAACCACAUAUAUAUAUAUUUAUACAUCGUAUGUAUAUAUGUAUGUGUAUAUAUACAUACACAUAUAGCAUUCUUCUAUAACUAACUUAUUCACUCAAUGUCUGAUAUACACAUGUAUGUAUGUAUACAUAUCUAUAUAUAUGUAUAAUUAUAUAUAUAUAUAAUGUUUUAUUUAUUCAUGAUUUUCAUUACCUCAUCUACUUGCUGUUCAUUCACAUGCUUCAUUCAUAACAAACAGAAAGUCCAUUCAGGUGUGGUGGUCAUAUAUGUUCCUUCUUCAAAUGGCUGCAACCAAGACCCUUUACACAAUACCGCACCAGCAAUUCAGGUGACACAUGGACUUGUCUAAACAAGGAUUGCUUCUUACUUGAACCCAUCGUCCCUUGCACACACCUGCUCUCUCAACCACAUCCCAUCACUCCUUUCAGACUCACCACUGCAAACUGACAAAAAUCACACUUUUUACUUUACACUGUGCCAUCCUGCAACCCCCCGCUUACAGCAGUAAACUCUACCUUCACAAGGCUGCUUUUGACAGCUUGUUGGACUAUAACCAGUAAGAGUAACCUCCCUUGGUUAUGAAACCUAGCACUGUACCAGGUGGAUUUUAAACUGACCACCGACUUAUUUGCUUUGUUAAUCCAACAGCAUUUUUAGCCAGUUGUCAAGCCACAAUUACUUCUCGGUCAUUUGAAUAUUUCUACGUUUUUCAUUCUUUUUUAUUUGUGUGUGUGUGUGUGUGUGUGUGUUUUAUUAACCCAUUCAUUGUGCAGUGUUUUUUUGCCUUUCAUUUGUGUAUUUCUUUUGUUUAUGUAUGCGUGUGUCUAUCUAUCCAUCUGUCUAUAUAUAUAUAAUUAUAUUUGUGUAUAUAUAUAUAUAUUGCUCCCAGACCUGUUUUCUUUUGUACCUUGUUUAAUGCCAAAGAUUACUUAAUUUCCACAAAUACCUCUUGGAUCCUUCAAUAACUUGUCUAUAUUGAAUCUCUGGUUAUCAGUUAAAUGUGUAUGUAUAAAUGUUCAUGUGUGUGUUCAUACAUAUAUAUAUUUAUAUAUAUAUAUAUAGAAAUGUAUGUGUAUUUUUCAGUGUUUACAAAUAACACGGAAAAAAAUAAAUAAAUAGUUACCGGGGUAGCCAAAAUUCACACAAGUACCAAGGAUGUAAUAGCCUACUUAUAAAGGUAGAAAUUCCAGGUUUUGGUGAAAUUUUUUUGUAUUACAUAGAUAAAUAAAUAGAGUUAAACACAAGUAUUAUUCAAAGAUUUCAAUAACACCUGCAUUUAACUCAAUUUAUAUAUCAUCAUCAUCAUCAUCAUCGUUUAACGUCCGCUUUCCAUGCUAGCAUGGGUUGGACGAUUUGACUGAGGACUGGUGAAACCGGAUGGCAACACCAGGCUCCAAUCUAACUUUGGCAGAGUUUCUACAGCUGGAUGCCCUUCCUAACGCCAACCACUCAGAGAGUGUAGUAGGUGCUUUUACGUGUCACCUGCACGAAGGCCAGUCAGGCGAUACUGGCAACGGCCAUGCUGUGUUGUUGGUAAGACUAAUUUUUUAAGCUAUUAACUUCAUCUUUAUAGACAAAACAUUUAAAAAAAAACUAUUUAUAUCAAUCUAGACUUAUUUUGAUAAGUUUGAUCACCAUUCAACAUUGAGUGUCUAUGGAUAAGAGCAUUGUUAUCUUUAGUUUAGAAAUAAAGUUUCUAGUUCAAAUCCAGUCUGGUACUUUGUACAUAUCCAGGAAUAAGACACUUGAUGACAAUCAGCAGUCAAAGCAGUGUAAACAUGAUAUAAAUGUAAAUAUUAAAAAUAAAGAAGAAGAAAAAAAUCUUCACCACUAAGAAUAAGGUUAAGAGUUAAAAAAUUUAUUAUCUUAUUUUAAGAAUCUAUGUUUAUUCAUUUAUAUACUAAUUACAUCAUAAUUAUCUGUUGCAGUUUUCCUUGAUUUUGAUUUUGUUUUGAGCUUGGGGGGUGGGGCAUUUUUUCAUUUUAUUUUUCAUUUUUUUUCUAGAUGCCAUUCUUGAAUAAUUUCACAUAAAAACAACAGCAAAAUUGUUUUAAAAAUUCAUUGACAAUAUAGCAAAAAAAAGAGAAAAAAAACAA